AUGAGACUUACGUCUGUUGUACUUGUCGCGCUCGCCACGUUCGGUGCAAAAGUGGCUGGAAUCUGCGGUACGCCUGGGCCUACGCACGAGCAGAUGCAAGUCGCUCGAAACUUGCAUGUCCACGAGAUUGACUCCCGGUCCAUGGGAAAAUCUCUUGCUAACAAAACUGGAAUCAACAUCAGCGUAUACUAUCAUAUCAUUGUUGCCGACUCCAAGUCCAAAAAGGACGGUGGUAUUAGUCUUUCUGUUUUAAAACGCCAAACGCAAGCCCUCAACGAUGGGUACCGACCUCACAACAUCACUUGGACGCAAGCGGGAGCCGAUUGGACUGUUGCACCGCAGUGGGCAAAAAACCAGGACGAGCGCCCUAUGAUGAAGAAACUUCGUAUAGGAACAUACGCCGAUAUGAAUGUCUACCUCUUCCCUUCGAUUGACAGUAUUGAUGGCACUGAAGUAGGGGCGGGGUCUUCUAUUCUCGGCUACUGUUCCGAGUUUCCAAAAGCUGUUGUGCCAAAGUCAGAAGAAUGGUAUCAUGAUGGCAUUCUACUUCGAUCGGACACGACGCCAGGAAGUGACACCGUUUGGAAUAUGGGCAAGGCACUCGUACAUGAGGCUGGACAUUGGCUGGGAUUGUAUCAUACCUUUGAAGGCGGUUGCGAAGGGGACGGUGAUGGGAUCGACGACACUCCCGCAGAAGACAUCAAGUAUGCGAUGAGCGGAAUCAAAGGCUGCGACAAAAACAGGAAUUCCUGUCCUGGAAGCGGCAAAGAUCCGGUCACCAACUUUAUGGACUAUUCCGACGAGUCAUGCUGGUCGCACUUCACCCAUGGUCAAGAGGUUCGCAUGUACAGCCAGUGGAGUAAAUUCCGUGCUUCGCACAAGAAGCCCUUGACGCGCUAUUCUCAUUAA